AUGAAGUCCUCAAAUAUUCUUGUGAUCUUAACAAUUUUCUCAACAUGUUGUUUCAUUUGCUUAGCACAAAACUCCCCUCAAGACUACCUAGACGCGCACAAUAAGGCUCGCGCUGAGGUUGGUGUCCCACCACUUUGUUGGGACGACAACCUUGCAGCCUAUGCUAAGAACUUUACGGAAUCAAAGAUCGAAAGCUGUGAAAUCACGAACUCCGGUGGGCCUUAUGGUGAGAAUAUUGCGGAUGGUUCUGAUGAUAUGACGGCUACGGAUGCCAUGAAUAUUUGGGUAGAUGAAAAGAAAUACUAUGACAAUGCAACCAACUCGUGUGUUGAACGUCCGUGUGAUCAUUAUACAAAAGUUAUUUCCCGUGAUACUCUUCGUCUUGGUUGUGCUAAAGCAGAUUCGCCAGAUUGUAUGUUUGGAUGGUCAUUUUUUCUUUGUUGCUAUGAUCCACCAGGAAAUUAA